AUGAACACACAGCCACCGAGAACCAAUGACAAGAAGCGAUCGUACACUGAUCCAAGUGUGUGUGUUGACCACCUUUGUGGGCUCUGUCCUCUAGAGUUUGUGCAGGGCUAUUCGUGCAACAAGGUGCAUGAUUUAGACUUGCAAACCGAAUACCAGCUCGAUAUACAACAAGAUCGUAGCAAAGCACGUGACAAGGAGCACUUGGAAAGUCUCGAACAAUUUAUCAAGAACAGGGAUAAUCUUGCGAAGGGGUGGCGGAUGCGUGCUCGAGAGAUGUUUGUAAAGGAUGAUAAAGCAAAGGACGCAAGGAGGCAAAUGUUGAGUCUGCACAGAGAAAUUGUACGCUUAUUGGACGAACGUGAUACCUUCAUUGGAAAAGGGGAUAUGACAGCAGCCGAUGGUCAUUUGGAAAAAGUGCAUGAAAGAAUCAGGUUAAAGAAGCAGGCAGAGGCUGAAGUCUCGAAAACUAUGGCAGUAGCUGCAAAUGAUGAUUCGGCAUUGGAUGUUUGUAGUACGUGUGGCUAUUUCUAUCUAGUGAGUCAUCCGGAACCUCAUCUCAAAUCCGAUCAACACAUUGCUUAUGAUCAAAUACGGAAAGCCAUUGAUGAAAUUCGAGGAAGGUUAAAAUAA